AUCAUGCGCAUCAUGCGCGAUACGGAACGCACCUUACGUCAUCUAUUCGGCGGGAAACAGUAGAACAACGGACUAGAACGUGCUAGAACGUAGCGAAGAGAGGUAAGCGGUAUUGUGCGUGAUCGUCAAGAUUUGGAACUUUUUUGCGAAAGCUCUCUGUUUCGAUAAGAAAUUGAUAGACUCUUACGGCCGUGCUGAUAAUAAUAAACCGCAAUCAUGUACAAUUUAACGGAAGGAGCAUUGGAGAAAAUCAUGCGAGGCAUAGAUGUUCAUAACCCAGUUCUUCAAGUAUUGAGUUACAAGAAACUGCCAAGAAAUGCAAAUAAAGAUGGUUCUGGUAAUGAUCGAUUCAGAUUGCUGAUAUCUGAUGGACAGAAGUUAAACUCAUUCACGAUGUUGGCCACUCAAUUGAACGAUCUGAUCACAGAGAAUAUUUUGAAUGAUUAUGCGAUCUGCAAAAUAACUAAGUAUCACAUGAGUUCAGUGAACAACAAUGGCAAAGACAAACGCGUUAUGUUGAUAUUGGAUAUGGAAGUAUUGGUUUCUGGCGAUCAAGUUGGAAACAAAAUAGGUAAUCCGACUAAUAUAGAAAUGAAGCCAGAGCUUGAAUCUACGUCUACGUCUACGUCUACGUCUACAUCUAAGGCCACAACUGCACAUUACCAAAAUGGUUCAACCAGAAAUGGUACUUCAAACAAUCAAGCCUCUUCUGACAUAUACACUACGCCAAUCGCAGCAUUAAGCCCUUACCAAAACAAAUGGGUGAUUAAGGUUCGUGUGACCAAUAAAUCUCCAAUCAAAACAUGGAGCAACUCCCGUGGAGAAGGUAAGCUUUUCUCCAUGGAUCUGAUUGAUGAAAGUGGCGAAAUUCGAUGCACUGCAUUUAGAGAUCAAUGUGAUAAGUUCUACGACAUGAUAGAGACUGGAAAUGUAUAUUAUAUCUCACGGUGCACACUGAAGGCGGCGAACAAACAAUUUUGCACAUUGAAAAAUGAUUAUGAGAUGACUUUGACUAACGAUACGGAGAUCAUACCUUGCCACGAAAACAGCGAUGACAUUCCAACAUUACAGUUUGACUUCUGUCCCAUAAGUCAAAUAGAAAACAAAGAGAAAAAUGACCUAUUAGAUGUCUUGGGUGUCGUUACAACUUUCAACGAUAUACAACAAAUUGUACAGCGAACUACUGGCCGAGAACUCUUAAAGAGAGACGUUAAUAUCGUCGAUGACAGUGGUACGAUGGUGUGCGUUACAUUAUGGGGUAAGCAGGCCGAAGACUUUGAUGGUUCGAAUAAUCCAAUCAUAGCCAUUAAGGGAGCGCGCGUGGGUGAAUUUAAUGGUGGAAAGAACUUGUCUCUUUUACAUUCCUCUGUAUUUGAAAAGGAUCCUGAUCUUCCCGAAGCACACAGAUUGCGCGGAUGGUACACUGCAGUCGGCCAUUCGGAGAACAUAAAAUCAUUAUCUAAAGCAGGCGGAGGUGGUGAUUUCAACGCGCCAUUAUACACUUUCGAAGAGGCGACUGAAGCUCGAUUAGGAGAGAAAAUGAAUCUUGCAGAUUCGUUUACGGUGGUGGCGACUAUUAAUAUGAUCCGCGUGGAAAAUGCUAUUUAUAAGGCGUGUCCCGUAGAAAGUUGUAAGAAAAAGUUGAUCGAUCAAUCUACUGGAGUCUUUAGAUGCGAGAAAUGUAACAAGGACUACCCAAAUUUUAUUUAUCGCUUACUGGCAAGUAUGAAUAUAGUGGAUGCAACAGGCAGUCGCUGGAUAACUGCCUUUAGUGAAGAUGCCGAGAAGAUAUUGGGAAUGUCGGCACAAGAGUUGGGAGAAUUGAAGGAGAACGAUAAUGAUGCCUUUUUGCAAAAAUUCGGCGAGGCAAGCUUCAAGAAGUUCAUAUUCACUUUGAGGGCGAAAUCCGAAGUUUUCCAGGAUGAAAUGAGAAUAAAACAUGUAUGUUCGUCAGUCGCACCUGUAAAUUACAAGACUUACCUGACACAUCUAACAGACAGAGUCUCCAAGCUGGUGCACAUUGAGAAAUUGAAUUCCAAUUAGAUUUCAUUAGAUACGUUUCAUUAAAGUGAAAUUUUUGUUUAAAACCUAUAAAUUUAUGUGUUU